UGUAGGUACAAGGUCGGAUAUUUGUACUACACUCAUUGUUCGGCCGUUGUGAGAUCGAGACGUAUUGAAUAAAAUGUACCAAGUUACAAAUAAGGUUGUUCUAGUAACAGGUGGUGCUGCAGGCAUUGGUGCAGGACUUGUAAGGGAGUUUCUGCAGGAAGGUGCCAAGCAUGUAGCGGCCUUGGAUGUCGACGUAAAUAGCGGCAAGGAAUUAGAAAUUGAAUUGUCUUCAAAAUAUGGUGCGAAUAAAGUAAAAUUCUACAAGUGUGAUGUGACCACGGAGGAAUUAAAUAUUACGGCGUUGAUAACAAGCUCAUUAAGAGCGCAUAAAUUAAUGAGCAAGGAUAAUGGUGGAAGUGGAGGGACGAUCAUCAACAUAUCAUCAAUUGUAGGCCUCUUUCAGACACCCUUCUUGCCCAUUUAUGCUGCCACAAAGAGCGCUGUCUUACAGUUUAGCACUUCUCUUGGAGCGGAAGAAAAUUACUUACGAUUCGGAGUCCGUGUGAUUACAAUAUGCUUCGGCGUUACGGAUACUUCUUUAAUCAUUGAAUCUAAAACUGCGUCAUACGACACUAAAUUAAAUGAAAGGCUGAUGACAGCUCUGAAGGGCAUGAAAGCACAACGCCCCGAAUCAGCUGUGCGUGGUCUCUUGGAAGCUUACAAGAAUGGUUCCAGCGGUAGUACAUGGUUGAUAAUAUCAGAUAAGCCAGCAGAAGACAUAACCGCCAACAUCAACCAAGGUUAUAAAAUAUUUUCACGAGGAGUAUUUGAAUAACAUUAUUGUUAUAUUGAAAAAAAAAAAUCUUAAUAAAUAUAAAAUCUACGUUCUUAAUCAGACCAAAAUUUGUUAUGAAUAUAUUAUAUUGUAUAAAUUAUUAUAAUUAUAAUAUGAGUAAAUUAUAAUAAGUUUACUAAUGCCAUCUUUUGGAGAAAACAAUAAAGAGUAUCUAUCUAUAAUAAAUCCUAUUAAAAUAUAGAUUUAAAAGAUCAUAAACAUUGUUUGGAUGUCUGUUACUCGAUCAGAAAUUAAUUAAUAAAUGUAUUUCUAAUCGUAAUUGAUGACGAUGAAGUGGUGUUAUUCGUAUCUAUACACAGAAAUUUCAUUAUAUUUACCUUACAAUACCAUAGAAUGUGAGAGAGUUCCCUCUUGUCUGGUAAAUUAAAUUGCGAAUCUUUUUUAAACAACAUAUUCUAACAAAAUAGACGUCAUAAACAUAUUAGAUACGUAUUUUGCGACAAGUAGGUAUGUUUUAUUCUCCGUGUUUUACACUACAUCCUCUUGGGUUAAUUACGUAAUGCUAAGGUAUAUUGCACUUCGAAAAACAAUGUGAAUAAUGAAUAAUAACUACACACAUACAUACACGGUUGAGUUAAUUAUUUUUAUAACGAAAGAAAAAGAAGGCGAGUCCUUUUUCAAUUACUUUUUUUACAUAUACUGUUGCUCUUUCUUAUAUAUGACAUGAAAGAAAGUAAUAGACAGUAAUUCUUAGCUAUAUUUGUUUUGUUUAGAAUUUAUUAAAACAUAAUAAAUUGGAGAUCUAUUCUUCCGGACUUUACCUUUUAUAUAGGAUCAACACAGCGUAUUUCACUUGGAUUCUAAGCUGUAUUCAGUCGUCUUGUUUAUCACAUCGUAAAUGCUUGUCCAACAUUAAAUUUUUUGGGGUCUUUUUCUUCUUUUGAAUUUAAAACUGGAUAUAUCUAUUCAAUUUUAAAUUCAUUAUUAUUUAUGUAAAAUUAUUCUCACAACUUGUUCUACAAUCCUACCUAGUUAAACUCCAUUCUCUUAUCUUAUAAAUUACUGGUGCUACUUUCAUGUAUUGUACUUUCAUGUACUCGUACGUGCUCGUUUCUAAAAUCUAAUCUACAUAUUUAUCUUAGAAUUCACAAAGUAAAGACAAACAAUUUAUAUUAGCUUGUUAUCAUUAUUUGAUCAAAUAUUUGAAUAAAUUAGCGUUUUUGAUGUAAUAAAUUCAAAUAACGCUAGAAAAGUUUAGCAUGGUAAUUUACCACGAUAAAACCUUCAGUGCUACUAUAUUAGUAAUUUCAAUAUCAAGGUAACGCAGCGGAAUUAUGUUACCGGCUCUGUGUAAAAAGGUAUAAGCAUUUGUGCCAAGGCGAUUAGAACUAGUUGCGGGGUAAUUAUUCCCUGUAAUCAAUACUAGUAAGUACUUAGGCUAUGCAUACAAUACGUACCUAAAUAUGUAUUUAUUUAUAAAUACAUACUUUAAUAUGAAAUCAAAAAAGAUAUUCAGUAAUGAAUUAGGUAUUUAUUUAGUGUUAAAGUGAACACAUAUUUCAAAAUCACUUCGGUACAGUAUUAUUGAUCUUCAUAUAGGUAUUAGCUACAAGAGAUGAAUAUACAUAUAUCUAAUGUUUGACGUUUAAGCCAGGAAUCCUUUAGUAUGGAGGGUUUUGGAUUUCAUAUCUUUGUUUCUCUUUGAGCUAUUGCAUUAAUACUACUUAAUCAUUUAGCAAGAUCGCUAUAAGCAAAUUGGAUACUUCAAAAAAUAUUUAUAUAGAAACAGAUAAUUAUUAUGCUAUUGUUCAUUAUAUCCAAGACUAACAUUACUCUCUUCAAAUUUUUGUAAAUUUAUUUGAUAGAUACGUAGUUAUGAAACGAAUGGCUCACUUCAUAAACUUAUUCGAUAAAAACAUAAUUACAUCGAAGGUGAAGAUAUAUUCUCGUAAUUAGCUAUAACCAUUUUGAUAUAUAUAUAUAUUGCCGUGUAGUUUCGACAUAGAAUGGGCCACCAUUUCUUUACCCGUGGGUGGUGUAAAAGGCGACUAAAGGAACUCAACGUCGAGGGAUGGGCAUCAGUGUUCCUCUUAGGAUAUUACCAAAUGCUUAAAUGCUGUUGCCAACCCGCCUGCUAAGCGUGGCAACUACUAGCAAAGCCUCCCUCAAAUGAUUCUUCAAUUCGAUUUGGCCUACGUUCAACAGUGAACAGAAGACGGCUGAAAAGAAUAAUUACAUCGAAGGCAUAGUGAAACUUCUAGUUUCAUAUAUUUACGUAAUUAUAACCAAACAAACUACAACCAUUUUGAUAUUUAUUACAUUUUGAUAUUUAUUAUAAGUUGUAACUUGACGUAUUUACGAGAUUUUCGUGAUCAUAGAAAAUUGUAUUCGCUUUUGGUUUCGCCCGUAAAUGUUGAACGAAAUAAAAGAAAUAGUUCAUGC